AUGCCAGCUAUGAUUGAACGCAUAGCAGAUGAAAUUAGGGGCAUCACCUCCACCUGCUCUCACAAGCCUCAAGCUCGGAAACACCGUGGAGCAGUGGAAGAAGAUACUGAGCCUGAUUAUGAGGACGAUCUAACGCCUUCCCCUCGCAGGAAGCACCCCGGGAAGUGGGGCACCAUGAACCAUUUACAUGACUUCUUUCACAAAUAUUUACGGGAUAAGCGCCUGCUGAAUUCCAAGAACAGUACCCUGCCGCAAUCCCCCUCAUCACAAAUGGUUCAAGCUUUUAAUCGUGACAAUGAAAGCCCGCCGCGUUUGGACAACAUUGCCAUCGACUGGAACGACUCUUUGAGGAGGUCUCCCUGGAAUAUAGAGGCGAUCAACUUGUUGGUGGUUGACUUUCAGGCGAAUAUCAAGACAGGUAGUUAUGCCUCAGUAAUUUUUGACGAAGAUAUGAUGAACCUCGACGACUUGCGCGAACUCUGCAUCGACAAGCUUCGUCGAACUCACCAAGCUCAUCGCAACCACAGCAAGAUCGAAGGAUUUGCAAACCCUCAAGAGAGAGAGAAUGCUACCUGUGAAUUUGCUUCUCGUAGCAGUUGA